GGCUCAAUCGUAACUUACUAAUUUCGCCUAAUAAGCCAUCGAGAUGAGUGAAAAAGCAUUACAAGAACCAAUCAAAGCCGUUGCAGAGACACUACAGAAACACAAUACACCUAACAACAACAAAUUAAGGCAAUGCGUCGACUAUGAUUAUAUGUCAAUUCCAGCAGCAGCAGCAGCAGCAGCAUCAGCAGCAGCAGCAGCAGCAACAACAACAACAGCAGCAGCAGCCGCAGCAACAGCAACAACAGCAGCCACCUCAGCCACAACCGCAGCAGCAGCAGCAACCACCGCCACAACAACAGCAAGGUAGGGACAGGGCUAAUCUCAUAAACGGCAAUACGAAUGGGUUAGUUGGGAACCAGGGAACUGCCAAUGCACUAGCAACAAAGAUGUAUGAGGAGAGGCUAAAGAGAGAUUCUUUGGAUGAAGCAGCAAUGAAGCAAAGAUUCGGUGGUGAGAACAUGGGUCAAAUUUUGGAUCCUAAUCAUGCCUCAAUUUUGAAGUCAGCUGCUGCUACUGGCCAGCCUUCAGGGCAAGUUUUGCAUGGUGCUACUGCGGCUGGCAUGCCUCCACAAGUUCAAGCUCGUAGUCAGCAAUUAGCAGGGUCUACUCCAGAUAUAAAGAGUGAGAUUAAUCCUGUACUGAACCCUAGAGCUGCGGGUGCUGAAGGAUCAUUGAUGGGAAUUCCUGGACCAAAUCAAGGUAGUAACAAUUUGACUUUGAAGGGAUGGCCACUCACAGUGAGUAAUCUUUUUGUAUUUAGUUUAUUGUUAUUAUUGUUUUGCUGAAUGUUACUUCUUCUUGUGGAUAUU